AUGCAUCCAGGAGGAGAGAGUGCGCAUACACAAUCGAGGUGGGGGGAGAAUAAUGGAAGCAGCAGCUGCAGCAGCAGCAGCAGCAGCAGCAGCAGCAGCAGCAGCAGGCCUGAUGAGGCCCCUCUCUAUAGAAGACCCCCUCUUAGUGUCCAUCAGACCGUAAGGACUGUCUCUCUUACUCUGCAGCAAAGUCUUCCUCAGCGUUUGCUGCUGCCUCCUGGAGAGACAACGACAAGUCAUACCUUCUCUGAGCAUGUUAGCUACCCAUCGCAGCAGCAGCAGCAGCAGCAACAGCAGCAGCAGCCAGCUAGCUUCCUGCAGCAGCAGCAGCAGCCAGCUAGCUUCCUGCAGUGGCAGCCAACUAGCUUCCUGCAGCAGCAGCAGCAUGAUCUAGAUGAGCAGCGGCAGCGGCUGCUGCAGCAGCACCAGCGGAUCUGGCAGCAGCAGCAGCAGCAACAGCAGCAGCAGCACCAUGCAGGCAAUCAAGAGUGGCCGCAUUCAAGGCCUCACCUUCCACCACAUCAACAGCAGCAGCAGCAGCAGCAGCAGCAGCAGCAUCUGUACCACGAGCUCCUCCAUGCGCAACAGCAGCAGCAACCGCAGCAGCAGCAGCAGCAGCAGCAGCAGCAGCAGCAGCGGUGGCAGCAGCAGCCGGAGUGGGAGCAGCGGGAAAUAGUAAUAGAAGUAGAGAGAGUAUGGCAGGUCCCUCCUGAAGGAGCAGCAACUCCUGUAGCUAAACCAUGGCAGCAGCAGCAGCAGCAACAGCAGCAACAGCAGCAGCAGCAGCAGCAGCAGCAGCCGUAUAAUGGGAGCACACGCCUGCAUCCUGGCCCUUGGCAACAACGCCGGUGGCCCCACCAACCCGCUGAGCAGCAGCAGCAGCAGGAGCAGCAACAGCAGCCGCAGCAGUACCAGCAGCAGAACCCUGAACAGCAGCAGCAGCAGCAGCAGCAGCAGCAGCAGCAGCAGUGGCCAUCCCCUAGUAGUCCAUCAUGGUCUGCAGCAUUGAAUGAGUUGGCUAGACUAUCACACCAAGAGGAAAUACAUGACCAAAAACGUAGACAGCAGCAGCAGCAGCAGCAGCAGCAGCAGCAUCCGUGGCAGUGGCAACAGAUACAGCCACACCAGCAGCAGCAGCUGCAGCAGCAGCAACAGCAACAGCAGCAGCCUUGGAGGCCACACAAUUCCCGUCAUCCUAAUCCCCUGCAUGCAACACGAAUUCGUCCCUUCCCUCACCACAUGCAGCAGCAGCAGCAGCAGCAGCAGCAGCAGCAGCAGCAGCAGCAAUUAACAACAGAAAAUCCUUACAACGAGCGGCGUCGUCAUAAUCACCACCGCCGUCAAUCCCAUCAGCAGCAGCAGCAGCAGCAGCAGCAGCAGCAGCAGCAGCACAAUAAUUUACAGGAGCAGUUACUACAGCAGCAACAGAUGCUGCAUCUACUGCAGCAGCAGCAGCAGCAGCAGCAAGAAGAAGAAGAGGAAGAAGAAGAAGAAGAGUAUCCAAUAAUAUUAGAUAAGGGUAAUGGAUUAACACCAAGAAGAUUUAAAUAUUUAAUACAACAUGAAUUUUAUUAUAAAAUAAAUCUAAUUAUAUUACAAAAUAAAAUUAAAUAUAAAUUAAUUAAGCAGCAACAAAAAAAAUACCAGCAGCAGCAGCAGCAGCAGCAACAGCAGCAGCAGCAGCAGCAGCAGCAGCAGCAGAAGCAGAAGCAACAGGAACAGGAAAAAGGGGAAAAAGGGGAAAAAUAUUGGGAAAAAGAAGGAGGAAAAAAAGAUAAACAUAAUAAAAUAUAUAAUAAAUAUAAACAAAAUAAAUAUAAAAAAGGAACAGAAGGAGAGCAGCAACAGCAACAGCAACAGCAGCAGCAACAGCAACAGCAGCAACAGCAGCAACAGCAACAGCAACAGCAGGAAAAAGAUCAACAGGAAAAAGUGGAACAAGAGCACCACCAGCAGCACCAGCAGCAGCAGCAGCAGCAGCAGCAGCAGCAGGAGAGUGUUGAUGGGCGCACAAGUCCUCCGUCAUUAGCAGCAGAUGAUGAUACAUUCAUAUCUGCAGCACAAACAGAAACAGCAGCAGCAGCAGCAACAGCAGCAGCAGUAGCAGCAGCAGUAGCAACAGCAGCAGCAGCACCUGCAGCAACAGAAGCAGCAGCAACAACAGCAGGAGCAGCAGUAGCAGCAGAAGCAGCACGACCAGAGUCAACAGAAGCAGAUGCAGCAGCAGCAACAGAAGUAACUGUAACAGAUGCAGCAGCAGCAACAGAAGCAGCAGCAGCAGCAACGGAAGCAACAGCAACAGAAGGAGCAGCAACACCAGCAUCUGAGGUGACUGCAGCAGCAACUGCAGCAGCAGCAGCAGCAACAACAGAGGGAACGGCAGUAAGCGCUUAUCCCCUCUAA